AUGGACGGUCCGCCGAUGCGUAUUUUCCUACGCGACGAUAUCGACAUAAAUCCCACCCGAAUUCUAACCGCUCGCCAAAUCCCUCUCGCUCGUCAAGCUGCAGCGGAAGAAAUGCUCGAGAAAGCCCUCGCCAAUUCCGUGAUCGAACGAGUCGACCAUCCAACGGAUUGGAUAAGCCCCGCGUUUUUUGUCCCGAAGCCAGACGGUAAAGGA